GAUUUGUGAGUGAGAAUGGCCCCCACCAAUACCGACCAAGAAAUAGAGGGGCGUCCGUAUAAAGACUAUGACUACAGCCCUGUACCCGCAAGUGCAAGUUCUACUUCGGUAGUGUACCUUCCAACCACCCUCCCCAACGUUAAAAAGGAUACCAGCAACGAGUCCCAGUGCGUUUAUCAUCAAUUUCAAAUCGACAUGGCGGAAAAAGGUUCAAAAACUCUUCAAUACCUUGCUGCUAUAGCCGGUAACCUAUGUGUCGUAUCUGGAGGAGCAAUGCUGGGAUGGACGAGUCCAAUCCUUCCAAGAUUGAAAGAAAUUCCUUUAAAUCCUGAUAAUCCUUUACAUGCUCAAAUCUCUGAAGAAGAAGCUUCUUGGAUUGGUUCACUGGUACCGAUGGGAGCAAUUUUUGGUAGCUUUGCAGCAAGUUUUCUAUCAGAAAGGAUUGGUCGAAAACGAGGUCUUUUGUUCAGUGCAGUACCGUUUCUAAUUGGUUGGAUUAUGAUAGCUACAGCAGCUAGUAUAUACCAACUUUACGCAGCUAGAUUAAUAUUCGGAUUUGCUCUCGCAUUUCCCUUCACUAUUCUUCCCAUGUAUGUUGGUGAAAUUGCAGAGACGUCAAUCAGAGGGUCUCUAGGAUCCUUACUACAAUUGUUUAUAACAAUAGGUCUACUAUUUUCCUAUGCUCUUGGCCCAUACGUAUCAUAUACGGUACUCUGGAUAGCCUGUGCUUCACUUCCGGUAAUAUUUUUCGUUUCCUUUAUGUUCAUGCCGGAAUCUCCGUACUUCCUCUUGAGAAAAGGAUGCAGGGAAGACGCCGUCAAGUCUCUGGCCAGGUUACGUGGAAAGAGUGAGGCUGGUGUGCAAAAGGAAGCUGAUGAAAUGCAGGCAGUGGUGGAAGAAGCUUUCAAAACGCAGACAACCCUUUCUGAUCUUUUUAAAAUGAAAGCAAAUUUUAAAGCCUUGUUAUACACUUGUGCCUUGGUAAGCUUCCAACAGUUCACAGGAAUUAAUGUAGUUCUGAUUUAUGCGGAAGGAAUUUUCAAAAGUACCGGAUCUACCCUUAGCACCUCUAUCUCGACAAUUAUUGUCGGAGUUGUUCAGGUGUUUUCAUCCUGCGUGACUCCAGUCGUCGUCGAAAGACUCGGAAGAAGAAUUCUCCUGGUCGUUUCCGGUGUUGGAACUGCAGUCACCUUGGGUGCUUUGGGACUUUUCUUCUAUCUAAAGGACGUAUCGAAGACCGACGUGGCUAGUCUUGCUUGGCUCCCAGUAGUUUCGCUCGUAAUUUAUAUUUCCCUCUACAGUAUUGGCUGGGGACCACUUCCAUGGUCCGUGAUGGGUGAAAUGUUCGCAUCAGACGUUAAAGCAAAAGCUUCUGGAAUUACCGUCUUUGUAUGUUGGGGUCUCGCCUUUAUCAUCACGAAAUUUUUCAGCAAUAUUGAAUCCCUCUUUGGAACGCACACUGCUUUCUGGAUUUUCAGUGCAUGUAGCGUAAUAGCUGUUCUCUUCGCCGUUUUAAUUUUACCAGAAACCAAGGGAAAAUCUCUCCAGGAAAUUCAAGACGAACUCAAUGGCGUCAGACCAACUUUGACUGACUUUGAGGGAGGAAAGACCAUCAAAAAGUGAACAUUCUUAAACAAGUAGUUGAGACUCAAUAUUCGCCUAAUGCUAUGACGCUGGCGACCUAAGUUUUUGACUGAUGUUUCAUCAUUAAAGAUUUCCUACUUUUGGAAACUUUUAUCGUUUAUCUAAAGAGUUUAAUUAAUUAUUUCAUUUUAAAAUCGUGACUUUGUAAGCACAACAUUUAAAUGAUAUCCAUUAGUAAUGUAAAACCAAGAGGGUUUAUAAGACCUUGAAAUUUAUUUACUCAUGAAAGUUUGACUGGCAAAAGUACACAAGUUAAAAUCAAAUUCCAAAUGUCCUAUUAAUUUUUCACAAAGAAAAAUGCUGCCUGUACGAUAAAUGCAUUUCCUCGUAUAAGAAUAUUAUCUUAGUUGUAAUUUAGAAAAGUAAGCGCUGACGGCUGCGGGUCGAUGCGAUCUGAUAUUUUAGAAAAAUAAUACAUUUCAAAAGUAUGUGCACUGCGGUAUUAAAUAUGAAAUAUUUUGUGUAUAUAUAUAAAUACUAGUAUUUGCAGAUUUUAGAUUUAAUAGCGUUUUUUAAGAUAUGAUAGUUAAAGUCCUGUAUCCUUGAAAGAAGAAUGGCGAAAACAGUCGAGGCAAAAGUAAAGGUGCGACCAUGUAAUCAUGAUAAAAAAAAUAUCACUGAAUCACAUUUUGAUACUCUUAAAUAUUCUGUACUCCAUUCACUGUUUUUAAAAACAAACAUAUUUAGCCUUUUGAUUUUGGUUCCAUGCGGGUCGUGGCAAAAAUAUAUAUCUAGAAAAACGAAAAAGAUGCAAUAGUUGUUUUAGUUUGCUCAUGAACUUAAAUAAAACAAUAUUUUGGGGUAAAUAAAAUUUAAAAUGUAUAUCUUUAUUACACGGUUACGAGACUAGUCAAGUCUAAAGUUUCCUCGAGGAAACAGUGCGUUUGUAAUUUUCUAACAGAUUUACAAUAAUUAAGAAGCUUUUAGACAUACAUACAUACAUAUUGUGAUCAAAGAGGUCGUAUAGCACCUCGAAUAAUAAUUGAACGUAUUACUAAUUAUUGUUAAUAGUUAAUAAUAUUCAAUAGUGGAAAUCUGGAUAGGUUGAUCACUUUUCUUCAUUUGUGUAUGUGAAAAAAUGUAAUUAUUUCCUCAAAUGUCACCUGACUCCGGCUACUUUCUCUUGUUGAUGACGACUCAACAUCAUAGUAUAUUUUUAGCCAAAAACCGUAAAUUUAAACGAUAUCACUUGUUUGGAAUAAAAUCGAACAUAGUGAAGACUUAGAUCAUAAUCAUUAAGCAACCACAUCACACGACUGCAUAAACUUUGACAUUCAUCAUAGAGCAUUUUAUCAUAGAAAUAAUAUUUCAAUUCUCUUGACUGACUAAUACAGGAAAUUGAAGCGAUUAAUUAUUUUAAGUCCAUUUUUAUACGUGGUACAAUUAUUUUGUAUCACGUCAUGUUAAGUUUAUUGGAAUAUUCAUAUUCAUUUUCGUAAUAGGAUAUAAAAAGAAUUGCGAAUUUUCGAAUUGAUUUCGAGUUGUGCGAUUUUGGUAUACGAGUAUAUUGUAUUGGCGAAAUUUUAAAUAUUGUUAAUGUUAAAAAAUUUUUAUUUUUAAAAAGUAUGAUUUA